AUGACCAUGACCGUGACCGUGACUCGUGAGUCCAUAAGGCAUGACUCUAUAAGAUUGAUGAUAGGUGAGCAAACUAGAGCCCGGAGCUUAGAGGUCGGAGGAUUGGCUAGAUUGCCACCUGGAGAGUGGAGUGGAGACCGAGACUCUAAGAGUUCAAUAGAGUCGAGAGAUGAGAAUGAGACUAAGUCGACUAGUCGAGAGACACGAGAGCGAGAUCCGAGUGAGGAGUGA